UGGAAUCCAGAAGAUGAGUGGUCUUGUGGAGGAAGACGAGGACACAGCAGAGCCUCCAGGACCCAGUUGUCUGUCUUUGAAGUCUAACAAGUCUAAAGAUGAACCUCCGUGCUUCAGUAAUGAACCUGGAGUGUCAGACACAAAAAUUCAGAACCAGAGACGGAGAGCAGAGACUCCAGGACCCAGCUGUAUGUAUCUGAUGAGGGACUUGUCCAAAGACCUACCUCCGGUAUUCAGUAAUGAACCUGGAGCCUCAAACACAAAAGACGAGUUUGCUGUUUCUGUGGAUGAGCAGACGUCCCGCUGUCCUCUGUGUCAGGACAUCCUGAAGGAUCCAGUCUCCACCAGCUGUGGUCACUGGUUCUGCAGACGCUGCAUCUCCUCAUACUGGGACCAGUCUGGUCCACCAGGAGACUCUUGCUGUCCCCAGUGUGGACAGAGACCUGGAUUUGGACAACAGACACAGACAAAUGUUGGUCUGCAGGAGGUUCUAGAUGAACAUAAGAUUAGUCUGAUGAUGAGAUUUAAACAUGUGACUGAAGGAACUGAUGAAACAGGAAGUAGAACCCUCCUGAACAAGAUCUUCACUGAGCUCUACAUCACAGAGGGACAGAGUGAAGAGGUCAAUACUCAACAUGAGGUGAUGCAGCUGGAGACAAACUCCAAGAAGAAGAUCGUCCAGGACACUCCCAUCAAGUGCUGUGACAUCUUUAAAGUCUUACCUGACCAGCAGGGGCGCAUCAGAGUCGUCCUGACCAACGGCGUUGCUGGUGUUGGAAAAACCUUCUCGGUGCAGAAGUUCACUCUGGACUGGGCUGAGGGUUCAGAAAACCAGGAUGUGAAUCUGCUGAUUCUACUUUCAUUCAGGGAGCUGAACCUGAUCAGAGAUCAGCAGCACAGUCUUCUCACACUGCUCCAUGUUUUCCAUCCAACAUUACAGAAGGUCAGAGCGGAGAAGCUUGCUGUCUGUAAACUUUUGUUCAUCUUUGACGGCCUGGAUGAAAGCAGACUCUCACUGGACUUCAACAGUGGGAUGCUUGUUUCUGACGUCACACACAGGUCAUCAGUCAACGUGCUGCUGACCAACCUCAUCCAGGGGAAUCUGCUUCCCUCGGCUCUCAUCUGGAUAACUUCCCGACCUGCAGCGGCCAAUCAGAUCCCUCCUACAUGUGUUGACAGGGUAACAGAAGUACAAGGCUUCACUGACGACCACAAGGACGAGUACUUCAGGAAGAGAACCAGAGAUAAAGAUCUGUCCAGCAGAAUCAUCUCGCACAUCAAGACCUCCAGGAGCCUCCACAUCAUGUGUCAAAUCCCAGUCUUCUGCUGGAUCAGCGCUACAGUUCUGGAGCACAUGUUGACCACAGAGCAGAGAGGAGAGCUACCCAAGACCCUGACAGACCUGUACUCACACUUCCUGCUGGUUCAGGCAAAGAGGAAGAAGAUCAAGUAUGAUAAAGGACGUGAGAUGAGUCCACGGGAGCUGAUGGAGACUGACAGGGACUUUCUUCUGAAGCUGGGGAGGCUGGCCUUUGAACAUCUACAGAAAGGAGACAUCAUGUUCUACCAAGGAGACCUGGAGCGAUGUGGUCUUAGUGUGACAGAGGCCUUGGUGUACUCAGGAGUUUGUACAGAAAUCUUCAAAAGAGAGAGUGUGAUCUUCCAGGAAUCAGUCUACUGCUUUGUUCAUCUGAGCAUUCAGGAGUUUCUGGCUGCAGUCUACAUGUUCCACUGUUUCACCAACAAUAAGACACGGGUCCUGAAGAACUUCCUGGGAGAAGAAUACUCAGCCCAGAUCCAAACACCUUUUUUGAACAAGCUCUCCUCUCUUGUUAAAAGUCACUUCUCACUGGCUGUGCUCCUGAAAGGAGCCAUGGAGAAAUCCCUUCAAAGUGAAAAUGGUCACCUGGACCUGUUUGUUCGCUUCCUUCAUGGACUCUGUCUGGGGGCCAACCAGAGACUCUUAGGAGGUCUGCUGGGUCAGACUAAGAUCAGUCCAAAAAUAAUCCAGAUAGUCUCGAAGAACCUAAAGAAAAUGAACACAGACGACAUCUCACCUGACAGAAGCAUCAACAUCUUCCACUGUCUGAUGGAGAUGAAUGACCAAUCAGCGUAUCAGGAGAUCCAAGCGUUCAUGAAGUCAAAGGACAGAGAACAGGAACUCUCUGAGAUCCAAUGUUCAGCUCUGGCCUACAUGCUGCAGAUGUCUGAGGAGGUUCUGGAAGAGUUGGACCUGAGCAAGUACAGAACAUCAGUCCAGGGAAAACACAGGCUGAUUCCAGCUGUGAGGAACUGCAGGAAGGCUGUGUUGAGUGACUACAGUUUGACAGAGACCAGCUGUUCUUCUCUUGUCUCAUCUCUGAAGUCCAACCACUCCCACCUGAGAGAACUGGACCUGAGCAACAGCAAGCUGCAGGAUUCAGGAUUGAAGCUGUUGUGUUCUGGACUAGAGAGUCCACACUGUAGACUGGAGGCUCUGUGGUUGAUGGGCUGCAGUUUGUCAAAAAUCAGCUGUUCUUCUUUGGUCUCAGCUCUAAAGUCCAACCCCUCCCACCUGAGAGCUCUAAACUUGGGCAGCAACAAGCUGCAGGAUUCAGGAGUGAAUCUGCUGUGUUCUGGACUGGAGAGUCCACACUGUAGAUUGAAGGCUCUGUGGUUGAGUGGCUGCAGUUUGUCAGAGAUCAGCUGUUCUUCUCUGGCCUCACUUCUGAAGUGCAACCCCUCCCACCUGAGAGGACUGAACCUGAACGAGAACAAGCUGCAGGAUUCAGGAGUGAAGCUGCUGUGUUCUGGACUGGAGAGUCCACACUGUAGACUGGAUACUCUGUUGUUGAGUGACUGCAGUUUGUCAAAGAUCAGCUGUUCUUCUCUGAGCUCAGCUCUGAAGUCCAACCCCUCCCACCUGAGAGAACUGAGCCUGAGCAACAACAAGCUGCAGGAUUCAGGAGUGAAGCUGCUGUGUUCUGGAUUGGAGAGUCCACACUGUAGACUGAAGACUCUGAAGUUGAUGGGCUGCAGUUUGUCAGAGAUCAGCUGUUCUUCUGUGAUCUCGGCUCUUAAGUCUGACCCCUCCCACCUGAGAGAACUGAACAUGAGCAACAACAAGCUGCAGGAUUCAGGAGUGAAGCUGCUGUGUUCUGGACUGGAGAGUCCACACUGUAGACUGAAGACUCUGUUGUUGUGGGCCUGCAGCUUGUCAGAGAUCAGCUGUUAUUCUCUGAUCUCAGCUCUGAAGUCCAACCCCUCCCACCUGAGAGAACUGGACCUGAGUCAGAACGAGCUGCAGGAUUCUGGAGUGAAGCUGCUGUGUUCUGGACUGGAGAGUCCACACUGUAGACUGGCGACUCUGAAGUUGAGUCGCUGCAGUUUGUCAGAGAUCAGCUGUUCUUCUCUGGCCUCAGCUCUGAAGUCCAACCCCUCCCACCUGAGAGAACUGGACCUGAGUGCUAACAGGCUGCAGGAUUCAGGAGUGAAGCCUCUGUCUGAUUUUGAGAAGAGUCCAGACUACAGACUGAACACUCUGAGGUGGUAGUGAGGAUCUUGAUGAAGGUGAGCGUGAAGAGGGCGAUGUGUGUGUGUGUUGACAGAAGAUGUCAACACAGGCCUCAGAUUUCAUCCUGAGGCCUGCACUGUGAUGCCGUUCCAACUCAUCUGAAAACAAAAACACAAAUGACAGUGGUGGUGUUUUUCUGUGACAUCUGUGAACACAGAUUGCUUUUUUUUUUUACACAUAUUUGAAAGAAUGUGUGUAAAUCUGCCUGAAAUGUUGGAGAGAGAUUUAAUUAUUAAGAAGUAUGCAUAUUCUUUCAAAUCUGAGUGAAAUAAAAAAAACAACCUCUGUUAACUAUUAUUUACUCAUAUAUUAAAAAGCCUUAAAGCUAUUUUUCCCCUCAUUUUCUGUCACUGAAAAAUAGUUUCCCUGCGCAGACAAUAAAGUUUCUAUCUUCUGAUAUGCAUCUGCAAUUCAGGUAAUCCCAGACAAAAAUAACAUGUCAGACAUUCAUGACUUUAUUCUAACUAAACUUUAUCUUAUCUGUUAGUUCCAAAACUGACCACUAGUUAGCAAAAUCAAGCUGAGCAAAAAAAAUUGUGAUAUUUUAGGACUUGGUCUGGGUGCAUGUGGUAGAGGAGUCUAGAAAACAAGAGAAUGCUCAGUCCACAAAUUAUGUCCUAAAUUUUCUGGAUGUCCUGAUAUUAAAGGUGUUUUAUCAUAAGAAAUGUACUGAUUUUUCACAUAAAUACACACAGACUCAAGAGGGGCAAUAACCCCACUGGGGGGGGGUUCUAUCUUUUGUGUAUUUAGGAUUAUGACAGAAAAUCAGUUGAUUUAGAGGAGUAAUGUUCACUUUUAGCAACAAAGAAUUAAUAUUCAUCUAUAAUUGAAGAGGUAUGAAAUCCAUAUUUGUGUUUUAUUCCAAAACUACUCAAUAAAAGUACUUCAUACUACUUGUGCAUGAAGUAAAUUAGUACUGAGUCUAAUGAAACUGAAAUCAUAACUACUAAAUUGUGUUUUUUAUAUUACUUCAAAAAAAGUUUUUUGUAGUCAAAAGUGAACUUUGAACUGGAAUUACUCUGAAAGUAUACAGUAAAAGUACUUGCUAUGUAUUUACAUACUACUUGUGUAUAAAGUACAAGAGGUAGCUACUGCGUCCAAAACAUAAACUACUAAUAAAAAUGAUGGGUUUUAUACAACUUCAAAGAAGGACGAUUAACCUAAUUUUUGUUGUGAAAAGUGAACUUUGACCCUUGAUUACUCCAUCUAUACAGUAAAAAUACAUCAUCCUGCUUGUGUAUGAACUCUGUCCAACUGAAGUGAAAUCACUGAGCUGAUGCUAUCGCGUGUAAAACAUAAAGAACACACACACACAUUGAGCAAAAUACACAAAAAACUACUACAUACUGAACAUCCUGUAAGAACUAAACCAAAGUUUUUUCAUCUUGACGUCAUAUUAAUUUGACAUUAUCCAAUUUACAAAUGACAGCAACUGUCGGCUCUUUUGCAUCCUUUUACUUUAUAUAUUUAUUUAUUUACAAAUAACACGGAAAAGGCAAUACAGGCGACAAUAUGACACCAUAAAAUACUGGAAAACAUCUGUCUUGACUUAGAAAAAUCUGAAUACAGUGUCUGAUAUUUGUCAUUUCCAAAGGCAGAAAUUCCCAUAUUUGAUUCAAAAACGUCUUAAAAUAAGGAAGUGAUUGAUUUUCUGCUGUUUCUGCAUGUUUCUUGCUGUCUUUAUGAAAACUCUUUUUCUGACCUAUUUAAUUCAGAAAUGAAACAGGCUGUAUAAUAUGGACUCACAAUGUCAAACUGGCAUUGACAUUAUUAGGUGAGUCAAAUAUGGUUUAUUAUUUUACUAUUCAUUAUUGCUGUAUCAGGCAUGAAUUACCUGUGAUAACACUCUUCCCUAUAUCACAAUCCUGUGGCAGUAUUUGAAACUCUCUGUUGGUAAUAUAAAGGGUAUUAUUAACCAUAUUUUUCUUUUGAGUUUUUUCACAUUCGCUCAAGUUGUACAACAUUGUUGAAGUUGUAAUGUUCAAGCAAGGAUAGCUGUGUAAACAUGUGUCUGCAUCGUGCCACCACUACCACUAGAUAGCGCAGUUGCUUUGAGUAACAUCCCAGCAGUUAAUUCAUCUUUGCUGUGCACUCCUGUGAAACCUCUGUUGGCCCCCAAAUAAUAAAACAUUUCAGUAAAAUAAAUAAAUAAAUAAAAUAAAGCGUUUUUAAUAUUGUUCAUAGAUAAUUUAAAAUACAUCACUGAUGUUAUGAUUAUGAUUAUUAUUAUGCUAAUUAUUCUGCAGUGAAUACAGAAGAUUACAGGUAACACGCUGGGUAAGUAAAUUAAUAUUUGUAUUGGAAUUUUGCUAACAAUUUGUUUACCAGUGACACAAUCAGACAGAAACAGUUCAGUGUUUCAUUUCUAAUGGCAAACUGUUGUUUUUACUGUGUUAUUUCACAGUAAUCGCUCACUCGCUCUUUAAAUGAUAUCAGUAUGAACUCAGUAUGACGGCUAUAGUUGAUUCUUUGAAUUGUCUAGUCAUUUACUUGAGUCUGGCAUUGUAAUUGUACACAUUGGCUCACAUAGGUGCAUUCGAUUCCCUGCUGUCAGAUUAUGGUCUGUAGACUGUAUGCCUGCUCAUGAGUUCAUUAUCCUGGUGUUUUGGCAAAAGAUCAAGAAUGUCUUGUGUAAUUAAUGUUAUAAUAGAAAUGAGCUUAUGCUAUUAUAGUGUUGUUUUGUUUAUAUUAAAGUGACUUCUUUCUGUUGCUGCAGGUCUGAGACAUGAAAUCAUGUCAAGAGUCAUUCGCUGUCGCCUCCAGAAAUCACUGAAGAGGAGGAUAUUGAGUUGAUUGGCUGCACAUCACUUCACACACAUGAUCAGACAGCAACACACACACACACACACACACACACACCUUUAUGACAGGGGAUCCUGGACAUCUGCCCUAGUGCACACACACAUACACACACAGACGUGGUGACUGUGUCUCCACUAAUCUUUGAGAGGAAACACAAACUGUCCUGUGACCUGUUUUCACACACUCUUCACACACCCUCAUGCCUGUCAUAUAAACCUGUGGAUUUUCUCAACACACACAUUCAUCAAGUCAUCAUCAGCCUCUGGCCAAGAAGAAGGGGCUUGUAACCAGAGGGUCGUCGUAUUUCGAAUCCAGAGACAGAUCAACGGCUGAGGUGCCCCUGAGCAAAGUACUCAAUCCCCAUGGCUCCCCGGACUCAGAUGUUUGCUGCCCACUGCUCCUGCACCCGGUAUGUGUGUUCACUACUGCUGUGUAAUCAAGAUGGAUUAAAAAACAAAAGAUACAUUCAAUUUAAGAAUGAAUUUAACCACUUAAACACACACAAAUACAAAUGCACACAAUUUCGGAUGGGUCAGAUAACGUACAUCCUUAUAAAUCAGCGAACAGUGCAUCUACUUACUUGUGUCUUAGUUUGCAUAAAAUAUCAUCACCUUAUAAAACUUCCAUUAACAAUAAUGUUUGAAAAACACACACAAAACAACCAAGCAAAUAAAUACAUGUAAAAAAUCAGUUGCAUGAUGGGAAGUGUAAACUUUCACUGCACUGUAUUAGGAAAUGUUGCUUUGCUCUUUUAAAUAGAACUUUUACAAGUUGACAGAAGUG